AUGUUUACGAAGUCUUCAUAUAUUCAAAAGGUCAUAUCUGUUGAAAUGGAUAUAGGUGCGCGAUGUUGCCGCGGAUUAAGGUUGCAUGCGCACAGGAAUGAAUCGGAUGCCAGAGUAAAUUACUACCAGCUCUUGUCUUUGACGGAAGACUGCAGUGACAGCGACAUAAGGCUGAGAUACAAAGAACUCACUGAAUCUCUUAAAUCUUUGCCCUCUGUUGACCCUCGCAUUAAGCGGACUAUAAAGGAGGCCUACAAAGUGUUGUCUAAUCCUGCAUCUCGUGCAAUGUAUGAUGCAAACUUAAAGAGUUCGAUAUUCAACAGCCAAUCAUCGGGCGCUGCGAAUGAGAUAACGAGCUGGCAAUUUCAUGGCAACGCCGAUGAAGACCGUGUGACAGAAGUAGAUAGUGACAGUGAUACGGCCUCCACUGCCAGCUACUCUCCUGGCAGCAAGCGCAACGAUUUGGGGAGAUUCUUGAGAAAUAUUUUCCGAAGUAACUCUAAAUCAUCUGUUAUGGAUCAUCCUAUUCCAGAAAAUCGUGAUAUUUUCACUGAAGUUGAUGUUAAUCUGCUAGAUUUUAUUUCUGGUGGCACUGUGAAAGUUUGUGUAAAUAAAUUUGACAGCUGCUCAGAUUGUAACUCUGCGAAUGAAGAUACAGGCAAGUAUUUUGCUGCAUGUGGGAAGUGUGGAGGCAGUGGCAUGAUUUCUAAAAGUCAGCGUACUCCAUUCGGUUAUAUUUCAACCUCUAGAAGUUGUGUAACGUGUAAUGGCUGCGGAUUAAAACGAAUUAGAGAUUGCACAACGUGUAACAACAUGCGUUGCAUUCAGCAGGAAUGUAUUGUUGACGUUCCUAUCCCACGUGGAACAAAACCGGGCUCAACGCUUAGGGUGAAGGGUGGUGGGCACUAUGUUGGCCGUUUCCCGUGCGCAGGUGACUUGUUUGUCAAGCUUGUUUCCGCUGGUAACGAAAGCGAGUUCGUUAAAGAUCACAAGGUGUACACAGUGGCAUGUUUGGAUUAUGUAGAUGCUAUAUUGGGUGUGGCGAUUGACGUCAAGACAUUUUGUGGUACCAAGCAUGUAGAAGUACCUGCAUGCACGCAGCAUGGCGAUGAAGUGCUGGUAGGAAAUUAUGAAGGCAUAGAGCAUGUGAUAAAAUUUCAUAUAUCUCUGCCUAAGCAUGCCUCGCAAGAGGAGAUUUUGCUGCUUAAUAAGAUCAGAGAUAUGAAACGUCAGUAG